GUGCUGCGCCUUUAAGGUCCGCUGGGGGCGUGCUAGCCGCGGCGGCGGGCGCUUGGAGAGGUGAGCGCGGCGGCUGAUCCGUCUCGCAGCUCAGAGUCAGGGCUUGCGGGAGGUCCUGGGGUGCGCUCCAGUCUCCCACCUCCUCCCCCGGCACGCCGGCCGGCGGGGCAUGCGCCGCGGCCUCUGACUGGGCACCAACCGGGCUCUGGGAGUGCGAGGAGCCGCGGCUCCGGCCAUGGGCAGCUUCCAGCUGGAGGACUUCGCGGCGGGCUGGAUCGGAGGUGCAGCCAGUGUCAUCGUUGGCCACCCUCUAGACACAGUCAAGACUCGCUUGCAGGCCGGCAUCAACUAUGGGAACACCCUCAGCUGCAUCCGCACGGUGUACAAGAGGGAGAGUGUGUUCGGCUUCUUCAAAGGCAUGUCCUUUCCCCUUGCCAGCAUCGCUGUCUAUAACUCGGUGGUGUUUGGGGUCUUCAGUAACACACAGCGGUUCCUCAGCCAGUACCACGGCCGGGAGUCCGAGGCCAGCCGGUCCCGCACACUGUCUGACCUUCUCCUAGCCAGCAUGGUGGCUGGUGUGGUCUCUGUUGGGCUGGGGACGCCCGUGGACCUCAUCAAGAUCCGGCUGCAGAUGCAAACGCAGCCGUUUCGGGAAGCCAACCUUGGUUUGAAACCCAGGGCAGUGGCUCUUGGGGUGCAGCCCAUUUACCAGGGGCCUGUGCAUUGCAUCGCAACCAUCGUGCGGACUGAGGGCCUGGCAGGGAUGUACCGGGGCGUUGGUGCCAUGCUCCUGAGGGAUGUCCCAGGCUACUGCCUCUACUUCAUCCCCUAUGUGUUCCUGAAUGAGUGGAUCACACCUGAGGCCUGCACAGGCCCCAGCCCCUGUGCCGUGUGGCUGGCCGGUGGCAUGGCAGGAGCAAUUUCUUGGGGGACAGCAACUCCUAUGGAUGUCGUGAAAAGUCGACUCCAAGCUGAUGGGGUUUAUUUAAACAAAUACAAAGGUGUCCUGGAUUGUAUCUCCCAGAGUUACCAGAAGGAAGGUCUUAAAGUGUUUUUCAGAGGCAUCACGGUGAACACCGUGCGCGGCUUCCCCAUGAGCGCCACCAUGUUCCUUGGGUAUGAGCUUUCACUGAAGGCGAUCCGUGGGGACCACACCGUGCCCAGCCCCUGAGCACCAGCCAGCGUGAAAGUCCUAGGGGAGCUGUGACUGUUUCUUCACGUCUCUAUUGCUGGUGCCUCGCAUGGAACCUGACACAGAGACGGCCACUCAGAAACAUCAUUGAGAAGAUGGACAAUCAACUUCCGGCAUCCCCUCAGCUCCUUCUCUUCUCCUCCUCCCUGUUUCUUCUUCUCUGGCUCCACAGUGGUAACUGCAGACCUGAGAAGACAAAGGGAAAUGAGUCAGUGAAUUUUCUAGUCAACAAGAAACCAUUUUGCUUCGGCCUUGGUGACUGCAAAUUCUGUCAAGAAGGAUGGCCUUUGUCAGAAAGGUCUAGCAAACCUCCCUGCUGUUGACCCUGGGGCAGCCAAGGCCUGCUGGCAUGUGUGAAUGGGGCCAGACCCUAGACCCAGGGGAAGGGCAUGAUGGAUGAGGCCGAAAAGACUGAGCCCAGGACAAGCCCUGGAGCGGCGGCUUUAUAUCAAAUGCUUUAGCUUUUCACUAAAGCACCCACAUUCAUGGCUCUCUUGACUCUUCGCCCUCUCUUACAAAAGGAAAAGAGGAGUCACACAUUUUGCAUACUUAAACAUCUUGUGUGAAGCACUACUGUCCUUGGGUUUUGUCUGGGGCAAGGCAGAGGAAUAGUCUGGUUCUCAAAGCUGUGCUCAGAUACUGGCCACUCUCCCUGUGACCAGAAGAGAGUGGCUUUCUAAAAAAAUCCUGUAAUAAAAUCAGUGCCUCUUUACUAUAGAAAAAAACAACAACAGAAAAUAUAAACAGAACAAAAUAAAACACCUAUUUUAUGCACUAUUUUAUUACUCGUUCUUCCUAUUUAAGAGCUCAGGACCGUCUUUCUAUGUGGUUAAAUAUUCAGCAGCAGGGUGGCUUGAGAGCCAAGAUCUGGCAGCUCCUGGAGAGGUGGACGCUUGCGUGAGCUGUCACGCCCAACCACUUGUCACCACCCUGUUGAUUAACUACUUCAGGAGGAAGGAAGAAGUUUCUAGUAGGCCAAAUUCUGAUGGUCCUGGAUUUGGCCUUUCAGAGCAGCGACCACCCCAGUUGGAAGCUCCUCUUUCUGAAAGUCCUCUCCUGGGACAAUGAGGUACAGACGGGGGCUAGCCUUGGCCUACAGGCAUGGGACAGGAGGCUGUGGCUCUCUGGUGGAAGAGAAGGAUCCCCAUUGACCUUUCGGGAGCCUCAUCCUGACCUCAUCAUCUCACCCAAAGAGUUUCAGCUUUUGAGGCUCUUUAUCAAGCCCUGGAUUUGAAUUUACCAAGUAGCUCUGAGUUCAUGCCCAAGUCAAGCUCUAGGUGACAGCAGCGUCCAGUCUCUGAAGGCGUGGGAACUAGUGGCUCCUUCGGGAGUCCAGACUGGGGUCGGGGUGAGAGAUGAUCCAUAUUAGAGAGCCACAGAGCCCCCACAGUCCCUGUGAGGGUGUGGGAGGGUGACUUUCUCGUGUCCCUGGAUGUAGGUGGUGGAUGGGCUGGGACUGUUUCCAGUGUCUGCAGGGAGCAGAGUCCAACCCGCAACUCCUACAGCCUCCUUCCAACGAGCAGAAGCAGAGUUCUCCUUCACCCCCCACCAGCUCCCAUGAAGAACGUUUACUUUUCAUUCAUCCUCUCCAUUAUUUGUCCCCCAGGAUUACACAUACGAGUGACCCAAGGGCUGUGUGAAACCCAGUGAAUGCCACUUGAGGUGGUGCUUUGGGAUGUGGUUCAUUUUAUCUGUUCACAGGGAGAUACCAGACUACCAUGAAAAGAAGUAGGGUCCCAGCCUGGGUCAGCAGUCAGCUCUUCAGCUUGUUGGAAGCCCACGAUGCCAGCUGGGCCAUCCGCUACCCACAGACCAGGAUCCGCUGUCCCAGAAGCUUCCUGGAAUAAUUCUGGUCUACCUCCUGCUGUGACCUCCUUGCUCCAAACCUCACUGAUCUACUUUCAAUUCCUAGGAAAUUCAAUUUCAAGGAAAGAAGACAGAUUCUUCUUGUAAUAUCUUUUUUUUGAACAUUUAGGAAUAACCCAGACCAUCUCCUCGCCCUUCACAUCUAUUCUCCUGGUGAUCCUCCGCCCACGGUUGCUUCACAGAAAUGAUUUUCUCAGUGGGUUGUUGACCCUUAGAUCUUGCUGACUGAUAACCUGGUUAGGUUAAGGCUAUUUUUUUCAUCCUUUCCCCCCAGAGCCAAUGUCACCUGACCACAGCCUCAUUGUGCUACUGUUGAAGGCAACCAUCUAGAAACCCAUGGGAGUGAAUUUACUGAAGAGAAAGAAGGCGUCCUCUCCACUUAUGCUGUGGGCUGGGUGGGUGCUCAGCCAUUGGCGCUGAGAAGACCUCAGAAUCCCUUCUUUCCCUGAUCUGAGUACUCCGUUCCUUACCUCCUGGCUGGGGCCCCUCAGCGGCUGCCUGCGAAGGGAGCAGUGGACUGCUGACUGACACCAGCUAAUUCCAAUCUGUCCUGGCGCUGGGUCCAAAGCAGGGUAACGUCAACCCUGCCCGUGUGCCUGCUGUGUGUUCACUGGGAGUUCGAGGAGGAGCUCCCUGGUCUCCACAUUGUCAGAUAAAAACACUGAAAACCUCUUCAGGUCAUUUCUGAAUCCAGUGUUUCUGCCAGGCUUCUCGUGGCCCAGGUGGGCAGGAAGGGCGCCACCUGGGUGCCAAGCGCUGGUAAGGCACUUCGGAGGCCGUGGUGCUGAGCGCGCUGGGAUGGGCAUUCUCCGGGCCUUUUUGUCACAUGGAGAACGAAACAUAAUAAAAUAUUUUUUCCACA